CGGUCUUCGUGUGGCUGACGGACUCAACCCAUUUUCCUUGAUAACGAACCCUCCCUAACACACUCCUCAAUUCAUCACAUCAUGGGCGCCGGCAGCUCCAAGCCCGAGGCCUCGGCCGGCUCGACACACGUUUUCACGAGCAACUCCCCCGUCCAAUUCUCCUCCAACCUAGUUGAGUCCCUCCAGAACAACACCGAGACCGACUCCUCCCGCGCCAAAGCCCUCGAACUCCAGAUCCAAGCGCGCGUCUCGGAAGAACUCGAACGCCUCCGCGCCCGCGAACAGCAGACCCUCGCGGAGAUCGAGAAGCGCCUCGCCGAAGUCAAAGACACCGCCACCUCUUCCUCUUCAUCAGCAUCCUCCACAUCCACCCCGAACAUCGCCUACCCGCCGGGCUCCCUGAACCUGGAUGCGCCCCGCAUCCCCUUCGCCGGCCGCGAGGCCACCCCCGCCGCUGCCGCGGCCCCGGAGGCCCAAAAGCCCAUCAACCUGGACGUGUCGCGGGACUCGGUGAACUCGGAGAUCGAGGAGCUGCGCGCCCGGCUCGAGGGCCGGCGGCGGUUGGCGCAGCUGGACGGGGAGGUGGAGAAGGCCCGGGCGGAGGUGGUGGGUUGUCUGCGGUUGAACGACCGGCGGCCGCUGAACUGCUGGAAGGAGGUCGAGAGCUUUAAGCGCGAGGUCGCGAAGAUGGAGGAGGCGUUUGUGGAUCGGAUUGUCGGUUAAAGUCGGGGAUAAAAUGGGCAGACAGACAGAAAGACAGAGAGGGGGGGAUCUUUGGGAACAUGCGUCCACUGACGCUUGUGUAAAGUGUGUUGUUAGUUCUGUGUGAGUGUGUAUGUGUUAGCUAUGUUGUUUCUUUAUGAAUAGAUUCGAUUCCUGUGGUUUUUCCUUCUUGGUUUGUGUCAUGAUGUAUAUGUCCGUCGAAUUGGGGUUUAUUUUGGCUGCUUGCUCCAUAGA